AGGACAAGGUAGAAGAGGGAGGGCAUUAAAGCAAAGGAGAGGGAAUUACGUGUACUUGUUAGGAAUUAGGACCCGGCGCCCGCAAGUAACGGCCAAGAUUCGCUUUCGCUCUUCUCCGUUUUAUCUUCUCUACUUUCCAUUUUCAAUUGCUACCUCCUCCCUCUCUCUCUCUCUCUCUCCCCCUCACACACACACACACACACACACAGAAGAUGUUGCUAGGGAAGCGUCCACGCCCACCCAUCAGAAGAACCACAAGUAUGACCGGCAUCACCGUUGAUCUUGCCAACGUAGAUGCCCCGGAGACGCCGUCGUCUGAUGAUAUUACCCACAACCACCAGAUGAUCGGAGAUCCUCAUCAUGCACUGGUGGGACCUGAAGAAGCGUGUCUAAAUUAUUAUAACAACUAUUACGACAUAAGUGGCUUUGAUGGUAAUAUUAAUGGCUUAUAUGAUCAGCGUCUCUUGGCCGCCAUGGUGUCACCCAGGAAUAACCAAAGGACAAGCUCCGGUAGCAAUUUCUUGGAGACUGCUCAUUUCUUGAGGACUUGUGGCCUUUGUAAACGCCGCUUGGCUCCUGGGAAAGAUAUUUACAUGUACAGGGGGGAUACAGCUUUUUGUAGUCUAGAGUGCAGAGAACAACAGAUGAAGAAUGAUGAAAGAAAAGAAAAGAGUUUAGUGAUGGCAUCAAAGAAAGAAGAUCGCCAUGCAUCACCAUCCACAGCUACAUCAAGCUCCAAGGCUGCUGCUUCCAGGAAAAGUGUGACUCUGGCUGUUGCUUGACAUCGAGACUCUAGUAUAUUUUGGAGAGAGAGAGAGAGAGAGAGAGACACUAUUAAUGGCUACAGAGAGAGAAAUAUAGAGUGCCAUAAUUAGUCCAUCACCAACUCCAUUGAUGCCCCCACUAAUAUUUUACAUAAUGAGCUUUGAGGAAGACAACAUAUUAAUUAAUAUAAUUAUUGUGUAAAAUUAUGUAGAAAUUAAAAAAAAUUAAUAAUCGAUAAUAGUGGGUGCAAUUAUGUAUAUGGAUUCUAAUUAAUGGAAAUGGCCUUUUCUUUCUCAA